CAACAUUUGACCCUUGCCCAAGGCUCCGAAGCUUUGGCAUCGCCUGCAGUCGCUGGUUCGUCUUCGGCUCAGGUUGCUGACCGAAUGCACUGGCCCUGAGCAAUCAUGAGUCCGUCCUAGGUAACAGGUUUGUGAAUUAAAGUCGACCAGCAUUUUGAUCUCAUUGUAUAAAAGACUUCAAUGAGGCUGAACCGGUGUCCCAACUCCCCAGAGGACUUCUGCCCAGCCUAAGAAAAACAACGCUGCUACAGGACUACAAAUGUGUGACCAGUGAUCACCAUUCUGGAAACGGUUGGUAGCUUCUGAUUCCUUGCCUCGUCAUCUAUUCUGGGCUAUAUCCAGUCCCCUAGGACGGGACGUCGCACUACGCACCUGUAUCCAUGGCACCCAGCAUAGCAAUUGUGGGUGCGGGCCCAGCUGGCCUCACGCUUGCUCGCCUGCUCCAAGUGGCCGACAUUGAGGUGUCAAUAACAGUCUUUGAAAAAGACGCAUCGCCUACUGCACGAUCUCAUCAAGGAGGAACGCUCGAUCUCCAUCCCGAAUCGGGGCUCGCCGCAGUUAAGAAAGCUGGACUCUGGGUUGAAGCGUCCAAGUACCUCCGAUAUGACGCCGAGGAGCUUUUCAUCACGGACAAGAACAAUACGGUCCUAACGCACAUGAAAGAGGUCGAGAAAUUGUCCUCGGCAGCAGAGUAUGCGCGCCCGGAGAUUGAUCGCGAAGAUCUAAAGGAGGUGCUCCUGAAAAGCGUCAAGCCAGAACUAAUUCGCUGGGGCAAGACGCUGCAGUCAGUCAACGAAGAUAGCACGGGAGCGACCUUAACUUUCCGUGAUGGAAGUACAGAAGGACCAUUUGAUUUGAUAGCCGGUGCGGAUGGUGCGUGGUCGAAAGUGAGGGCUGUUCUGACAGAUGUGCGACCUCGAUAUUCCGGCAUCUGUGGCUUUGAAUGCGCGAUAUCGACCACCAGCGGGCACUAUCCAAGAAUUUCAAAGAUGGUCGGGAUGGGGAGUUACUUCUCGUUUUCGAACCAUAAGGGGCUGACGGCCCAACGGAUGGGGAACGGCAGCCUCAAGAUCGGGAUGUGGGUGACGCGCGAGGAGAGCUACCCGGGCGACCUGUUAUCUGCAUACGGGGAUGAUGAAGAGAAACUCAAGUCCAAAAUCCUCGAGAACUACCAUGGCUGGGCGCCCGAGUUGCUCCAAUGCGUUCGCGCAGGCAUGAACUUCCGGCCCUGGCCACUUUACGAGCUCCCUGUCGGCCAUACUUGGGACCACAAGCCCGGAUAUACUUUAAUCGGUGAUGCCGCAAGCCUCAUGACUCCAUGGGCCGGCGAGGGAGUCAACAAGGCAAUGAAGGAUGCGUUAGAGUUGGCUGAAUCACUGGAGCAAGCGUUAAAAAGUGGUCAGGAUAUGGAUGAGGCGACGUGCAAAUAUGAAGCCAACAUGUUCCCCCGGGCCAAGCGGGUUCAGACGCUCACUCAACAGAACAAGACUGCCAUGUUCAGUGACAAUGGAGCCGUCAAUCUCAUGGUGUCAAUGGUCGAAGUCGUGGCCAUGGAGAUGGGCAAGGAUCUUAACGCUGGAUGGUUGGCUUGGAUUCCGUUCCGGACCUUGAUGUUCUGUUAUGCCUCGUGCUGGCAGGUCCUGGGAAUCUGGAGGAGGAAAGUGAGGGAUUGGCUCUUUACUUCUUCUUGAAUCCAUAGCUGCUCUGUAGCAGCAGACCCCUUCAGACGGAGCUAACUGUGCCGGUGGUGGCGCUGCGAAUAACACCGAGGACGUAACGGUAAGAAGGAUGUGGGAUGCAUAUAAAACACUUUUUCUCCUGUUCAAGCAUGAUACCCAAUGUUGCUGAUUCUAGAUUCGAUUAUGCUAUAAACUCAACCAUUUUUGUGACCACA